AUGAAUUCUUUUUCGAUGAACACACUCGCAAAGGCACUGCCGUCCGUAUGUCGGCAAUCCAAAUCCCAGGCUGCGAGCUUGCGGACUAUUCGACCUCUAUCCACCUCUUCCAGUGUCUUCGCUAGCUUCCGGGACCGUACCCGAUCGAUGGAGAGCCAAAUUCUGAACCGCGACACUGAGAGCUCAAAGGAGUCUUCGCCACUAUCUGCCAUCACCAAAAUGAUGCAGGGUGACAGCUCCGCGAAUUCUACCUCCCGAGUCCGUUCCGACUAUGCCAGAUUGGCCGAAAGCCUCGAAGCCGAUAUGAUGAAGAACCCCUACGCCGAUCGUGCCCCUCCUCACCACCUCCACGUCUUCUGCCACAAACACAACACAAUGAUCACCUUGACGCGGCCCAAUGGUAAUCCGAUGAUGUCGAUGGGCUGUGGUCAAAUUGGUUUCCGCAAAGCUGGUCGUUCCGGCUUUGACCCUGCCUACCAAUUGUCCUCACACGUGAUGUCGCAGAUUCAGGAACGAGGAUACCUGAUGGACAUCAAGCGACUUGAGAUUGUCUACCGUGGCUUUGGAAAGGGCCGUGAGGCGUUCACCAAGGUGCUUCUUGGAAACGAGGGACGCAACGUCCGUGGGCUUGUGAGCCGAGUGACUGACUCGACUCGUGUCAAGUUCGGUGGUACUCGUAGCCGAAAGGUCCGCAGACUGGGUUAA